UUCUUAUCACAGCUAUCAAUAACACGUGCGAGCUACAAGUGAUAGAUACCCUAAUUUUUGUAUUACUACCAUAUUUUUAACUAUUUAGUUAUUAUUUUUCUCUUUAUCUGAUGUAUUCGAUUUUGAGUCUCAUCGCCGUAUCUGUAACUUCCCCUUUAUUUACAUGGGAAAUAGCUGCCCCCAACGCAAGUUGAAAAAACCAGAAAAGAUGCUGUUAUCAGAUUCAUAACUUCAUGAACCUUUGCUCAUUUUAAUUUCAACACCUAAAUUUUGUUUAUUGAUAAUUUUUUAUUAAUUCAUGAUGGCUAGGUACAACGUGCCUAAUGAAGUGCUUAAGAGCAAAUUUCGAGCAUGCCUUGCUGGUGUUGUGUUGGGCGAUUGUCUUGGCGUACCCUUUGAGGGUAAAGAGAAAGUGGUGAAACGAGAUUUGAGCGACUUUUUAAACGCUCUUGAUCAACCUGAUGCAAAACCCGCACCUCUGCGUUACUCAGAUGAUACUGCAAUGACGAGGAGUAUAGCAGAAUCUCUAGUGGAAAACCAAAAAGUUGAUGAAAAUGAUAUUGCUCAAAGGUUCACAGAUGUGUAUUUUAAGGAGCCAAAUCGAGGAUAUGGAGAGGGUGUAGUUCAGGUCUUUACUAAAUGGCGGACCUCUCUUGAUGACCUUUGGAACCCUGCCAAAGAACAGUACAACGGAGAUGGGUCUUACGGGAAUGGUGGUGCCAUGCGAGUAGCCCCAAUCGCUCUUUUUUGUCACAAUAGCCAUGAUCUACUCGUCAAAACUGUGACCAGUGUCACAAAACUCACUCACACUAAUCCUUUGGCUAUAAGUGGAGCUCUAUUUCAGAGCAUGGCUAUCCAUCAAGCUUUAUCAUUGGAUCCAGAUGAGAAGCUAGAUGAAAAAAUUUUCUUGAAGAACCUACGGGAAAAAAUUGAAGCCAUUGAGGAGACAAUUUACGAUGAUCAUGGGUUUGAUCUUGGAAAAAAUUGGUAUUACCGGAACAGGAUCAAUAUCAUCGAAAAAUUGUUGGAAGAAUGUCGGUUGAAAAAUGUCUCAGAUGAAGAGGUAGUCAGUAGUCUUGGGCACUACGUAGAUGCCUUGAAUUCGGUUCCAACAGCCUUGUUCUGUUUCUUGCGAUCCACUCAGAAAAUUCCACAUAUACAGACCAACAAUGCACUGAGGCGAACAAUCGAAUAUGCUAUAUCAUUAGGUGGUGAUACAGACACAAUCGCAUCCAUGGCUGCAGCUCUUGUAGGCAGUUAUUAUGGAGAAGAAGUCAUUCCUCAGUAUUAUCUGAAACACACUGAAGCUGGGAAAGAACUCGCACAUCUUGGUGAAAAACUCUAUGAUUUAGUUGCGCCAGAUUUGCCGCCUAAAUGAAAUUAGGAAAAUACUUACCCACCUUGUGUAAAAUAAAAAAUUAUUAUGUAAGUUUAUUCAUUCACAAUUGAAACCGUUUUUAAAAAAAUCCUUGCUUUUUAAAUAAAAUUGUUUUACAUCAUA